AUGAGGAAAUUCUUAAAGAGAUUUAACUAUCCUAACAAUUGGAUAUCCCCUUCUGUGGGACUCUCUGGUGGAAUUUCCCUCAUGUGGAAGACUGGUUUCACUCUUGACAUUGUGCAUUCUACGGAUAAAAUGAUCAAUACAAUUAUUUAUUCUGACCCUAGUAAGCCGGAAUUCCUAGCUACAUUUCUCUAUGGUUCUACAUAUCAUAAUGAGAGAGUGGAGCAACGGGAAUACAUUAAUAGUAUUGGAUCUCAAGUAAACUUGCCAUGGGUUAUCAUUGGUGACUUAAACAUCACAAUGUUUGCUCAUGAAAGAUCUUCAAACACUAGACCAACCACCUCUGAGUUCCCUCUUAUCCAACAAGUCAUUGAUAGGUCUUAUCUCAAUGACUUAGGCUAUAUAGGGUCUCAGUUUACUUGGUCUAAUAGGCAAUCUGGAAUAGAUAAUGUUAGAUCUAGACUUGAUAGGGCCCUUGUUAUUAGUCAGUGGCUGCAUCAUUAUAAUCACUCAAAAUUAUUUCACCUUGAUGCUAUAGGUUCUGAUCAUUUACCAAUUCUCUUGGUCACCAAUACUACUUCUCAUCAAGGGAAAAGGCCCUUUAGAUAUUUCAAAUGCUGGUUUAAGGAUCCCACUUGUCAACAAGUCAUUAGAGAUGCUUAUAAGUUAAAUAUAAGAGGGUCUCAUGCUUACAGAAUGACAAAUGGUAUUAGAAAUGUCAAAUUUGAGCUUAAAAAAUGGAACUUAUCUCAUUAUGGUAAUGUUGAUCACAAAGUCUCCAUGUUAACUGAUCAACUAAAAACACUGAAUAGAAAUCCUUACUCUAUUCAGAAUAAUGAAGCCAUAAAAGAGGUUAAACACAAUCUUGAGUUAGCUCAAAAAGCUCAAGAAUCCUUUUAUGCUCAAAAGUCUAGAGUGGAGUUUAUUAAGAGCUAUGACAAAAAUACCUCCUAUUAUCAUACAAGUGUUAAUAGAAGAAGGCAUUUUAAUCACAUUAGCUCUUUAAAACUUCCAAAUGGUCAAUGGUCUAAGGAUAGAAACACUCUUGAAGACCUUUUAGUCACUCACUUUAAGACCAUAUCCACUUCCACUAAUCCUUUAUUAGAUGAGAAAUUUCUGAAUUGCAUUGAUGCUAGCAUCACUAAUGGAGACAAUGACAAACUUUUGAGUCCCAUUACUCUUGAUGAGAUUAGGAAUACCAUUAAGCAAAUGGGUCCAUGA